AUGGCAAAUACACGCCGCAUGCUCGGCGCUCUAGUCUCAGGCGCCACGCAUGCCCUGUCGCCGUCUCGUGUCACCCUCCAGGGCAAAGCCGUCGCCUUGGAGCCUCUUGAGGAAUCACACACCGAGGCUCUCUACCAGCACAUUGGCAGUGCCGAGAACGGAUGGAUCUGGGAUUACAUGUUCCACGACCCCCCCACGGAUGUCGAGCAGCUGAGGUCUCGCGUUGCGACCUGGGCCAAGUCCGAAGACACUUUCUGGACCAUCCGAGUCAAGACCGGCCCAACCCAAGGCAUCGUCGGCUACAUCAGCUUUCUGCACAUUGAGCCAGAGCACCGAACUAUUGAAAUCGGGCAUGUCAUGUAUUCGCCGGCCCUGCAGCGGACGACAGCAGCCACGGAGGCGGUCUAUCUGCUGGCACGGUACGCGUUUCGCGAUCUCGGCUAUCGGCGUCUCGAGUGGAAGUGCAACAAUCUGAACGAGCCGUCGAAGAAAGCAGCGACCCGCUAUGGGUUUGUCUUUGAGGGUUUGUUCCGGCAGCACUAUAUAGUCAAGGGGCGCAACCGGGACACCGCAUGGUUUGCCAUGCUGGAUUCCGAGUGGGUGGACGGUGGCCUCGAGAAGGCCUUUGAGCAGUGGCUGGAUGCGAGCAAUUUCGACGAGAAUGGACAACAGAAAAAGAGGCUAGAGGAGUUUCGCGCUGCUGAGUCGAACCAGACGUAG